AUGUCUACUCCUGAGAGGAGAGGCCUUCUGAAAGAUGAUUCUCCAAUGACGGCCCCAUCAACGAGCACCCCAAGUCCGGCACAGCAAUUCACCACUCGACAUCGGCCUGGAUACGCGCGAGUGCCAUCAGUAUCGGUGUCUUUCAACGAAGAGUCUCUGGCGCGAGACAUCACGGAUAGUCCGGGAGAAGACGAGACUGCGCCGGCAUCUUCACAUGAAGGUGUCGGCCGCAGCCAUGGCUUAGGCAUCGCUCUGCCCCCAGGAACAAACUCAAGAUCUCCACGAGUCAGUUCACCCUUAUCGAAUGAUUUUUCGACUCCAAACCAAAAGUCCGGAACGGACGAAAGAAGACCAAUGGCAUCGCCACCAUCCACUGGCGGUCUCUCCGGCAGCACGAGAGCUGACACGUCAUCUGAUGCAGGACUGCUCUCAGUGAAGUCAAGAUACGAAGACUUCGAACCUCACCAUAACUGUCAGAGUGCGAGAGCCGUGAAACACCGACGACUGGGCAAUUGUGUUUCGGUCACGAUCUUGACCCUGGCCAUCUUCUCUACCGCUUUUUCGGGCAUCUUUCUCGGAAUCGCGUUGUACGGCCCAUUCUACGGAAGAAGAAUUCGAGCAGAGGGUGGUUCAUUAACUCCUGCGUCUGCAGCUUUCUUGACGUCGCUGUUCGCGAGACUGAUAGAACUGUCCUUCGUGACGGUGAUAGUGUCCUUUAUCGGACAGGCUCUCGCUCGGAGGGCCUUCAAACUCGAGACUAUACGCGGCAUCACCUUGGCAGAACUGAGCAUGCGAACCUGGGUCAUGCAGCCCGGCACACUGUUCACACAAUGGGAGAGCGUACGAUAUGCUGGCAUCACUUUCCUCGGCGCCACAUCUCUUUUGGCCGCCCUUUUCGCCCUCCUAUACACGACGGCAGCAACGGCUUUAGUUCAGCCCCAGCUCAGAUUUCCGGACUGGCAGCAUCAAGUGAUGCAGGGAAUAGUCAAGAUGAGUUUUGCCAACUCUGUUGAGGUGAAGAACGAAUGCGUUCUACCCAAUAACCUGAUCUACAAGGAUGAUACUAACGCCAGCUUGACCUGUCUUCAAAUUGAACAUGCUUCGGCUGCAUACCACAACUACUUCAGCUGGCUACAGACAUGGACAACAGUAUUGGGAAUUGGUAAUAGCAGCAUCGAUCUUGGCGACAGGCCACCAGGGUAUGCUCUCUACGCCGACAACACCACGAUUGCGGCACCGUGGAUUGAAAGACAAAAUGUGACCGCAGUCAACAGUACGCGGUGGAUCAACAAUGUCACCAUGGCCAUGCCACAUGUUGGUGUCAUCCAAGCAGCGCAGGAUACCGUCAACCAGAUUGUGCAACCCUCGGAAGUGGAAGGAGCCAUCUACAACAUUCGCGCGUCGGUCCCCAGUCCCAUGCUCAAUGUCCUCUGUGUGACCAUGACCAACGCAGACCUGAAGCCUUUUGUGUACGAUCUUUGGGAGAACAAGUCAAAAGCCUUCAAUAGCAAUGAUACGAACUGGAACGACCAUCUGAUCUAUACGGAUGAGUUUGCCUAUCCGUAUCUUAAUAGUACGGAUUACCCGAACGGCACACAAUUUGACGACACCUUUGGUUGGGGCCUGGCUUAUGGCAAGUACAACGUUCCUCCGGUAUUUCCAAGGCUACCCAAGGAUUACAACAUCAUUCUCAACGGCACAGACGGCAUGCCAUGGGGUCGGACAUCCAUUUACGUUUUGGGUAAGGGAGGCCCUACCGACUCUCUCGGAAAUGCAAUGGAGGAUUCUGACGGAAACGCAUUCAACUAUGCCAUGUGCCAACUUCAAGUUGGGCUGACGAUGAAUUGCUCCACGAGCUACAACGCCAGCUCGAGCGGCGGAGCAUUGGAAGCUCAUUGUGAGGAUGAUAAUGAUCAGAUGCGGUACCUACUUCAUGCGGGCGAGGAGGAUUUGAAGCUUCAAGGUCGCGCCGCUUUCAGUAAGGAAUGGCCCAACAUUGGAGGGGAGUGGGCCAGAAGCCUAAGCUACAACGACGGAAUGCGAGACGGAGACUCAGCCAACGCCCGAACCCUCACCCAGCUGAUCCUCACAUCGGCAAACUUGAGCUACGGACUUCCCUCCCUCGCUGAGGCCAUCGCCGUGCAAGCAGGAGACACUCUCAUCCAAAGCAUCAAAGACUCCCCCUUCGUCGGCCGAGCCUGGAACUACACCCUCCCCAACAUCGACUCGCAACCGCAAUGGUUCAACGCCACCAUCCGCUCCCAGCAAUACGCCAGCGGCGGCGUGCAGCCCUACGAAAAGGCCUUCUUCGUCGUCCUCUUCGGCGUCUGCAUCAUGAACGUCAUGAUCCUCGUCUACUUCCUCUGGCACAAGGACUGGUACUCGGACUUCAGCGAGCCCACAAGCCUCUUCGCCCUCGCGGUGAACAGUCCCCCUUCCGCGGGUCUUUCCGGCAGUUGUGGAUGCGGUCCUGCCGGGGAGCAGUUCGCACUGAACUGGAAGCUAAAUAAUGAUGACGGGCAUUAUUAUAUGGAGCCGCAAGAGGGGCAGGGCCGUGGACAGGAGAAUAAUAUGGUGAAUGUGGAGAGUCCGCGGUUGAGUCGGCAGCGGUGGACGGAGACGUUUGAGAUGAUGGGGAGUCCGGGGAUUGCGGUUAAGAAGAGGUUUAGUAGGUCUUGA